AGCUCUUUCGGAAAGGAGGUCUACCAGGCCUUCGGCGGAUCUGGGCAAACCCUGGGCAGCCUGCACAUCGCCUUCGUAAGCUCACUCCCCCCCUCUCCAUGAGCAAGCUUCUCUUUUUCCAGAGGCUGUCGAGCCCUUUGUCUGUCUACAGAGAGACACACGAAUACUUCCUACUUCUGAGAAGCCCGUCUCUCGCUUCUUUAGCAACCGAGCCCCAUAGGUUGGCCAGGCUGCGCACAGCGCUCCGAUUGGAAGCGGGGACUGCCCGUCAAGCAUUUCCUCUCGGCACAGACUACUCCACUCCACGCUUCGCCUUUUCAGGUGGAUUAGGGAAAGUGAAGUUGCCUCAAUUCUGGGGAGCACGCCUAUUGGUCGGACAUUGGUAUCUAUCAUGACCGAGGCUGUGAAAGUCCUCGAGCCUUCGAUUGGGUCCGGGGAUAUGUCAGUCAAGAUGGGCGGGUGCAAUCGCAACGCAGCGCACAGUAUUGGUGGAGCUACGGCGCGGCCGGAGCGGGUGCGGAACCGCAGGAGGAGAGCCGGCUUCUCUUGAUUGGGCCAUAGGGAGGCCCUCCGACUCCGGACUGGUUGAACGCGAGCCGCGCCCCCGUCACGCCGACAACCGGCUGUAAGGGGAGCUGCCGGGCUCGCCUGUGUUAGCCUUGCGAGCCAGGGCGGUGAGAGGAGUGCAUAGACGGUUCGCCGGGUCCCCAGCCAGACCGACGUAAAUCCGGGAGUGGCGCGCGUCAUCUCAACGGGAUGUGCAGAUGGAGGCUGGAGGAGACACUAAAGCCCCAGCCCCUGGGGACACGGAGGACUUGGAGGACACUCGGUUCCCCAGUGAGGAGGCUGGAGAGGAUGGAGGGGUUCACGAGGACCCGCCGGAUCCUGGAGAGGGGGACCUGGAGAAAACAGAACCCGAGACGAAGGAUCAGCCACCCGGCCUGCUGUCACCCCUGCCCCAGUCAGAGGCCCUAUCAUGCACCUGUGGGCUUUGGGAUCCUGCGACCUCUGAGGAUAGUCCCCCGGGUGACCCCGAGAGUGGCUCUGGGGGCCAGGGUGGGGACCCCAGUGAUGAGGACUGGCGCAACAAGAGAAAGCAUGUGUUUGUGCUGAGCGAGGCAGGCAAGCCCAUCUACUCCAGGUAUGGUAGCGUGGAGGCACUGUCGACGACCAUGGGUGUGAUGACAGCCCUCGUGUCCUUCGUACAGAGUGCAGGGGAUGCCAUCCGCGCCAUCUACGCUGAGGACCACAAGCUGGUGUUCCUACAGCAGGGCCCACUGCUGCUGGUGGCCGUGUCAAGGACUCCUCAGUCAGCAGCCCAGCUACGCGGGGAGCUGCUCGCCGUGCACGCACAGAUCGUGAGCACGCUCACGCGUGCAAGUGUGGCCCGCAUCUUCGCGCGCAAGCAGAACUACGACCUCCGCCGCCUGCUGGCCGGUUCGGAGCGCACCCUAGACCGGCUCCUGGACAGCGUGGAGCGGGACCCCGGGGCCCUGCUGCUGGGCGCCGUGCGCUGCGUGCCUCUGGCUCGCCCGCUGCGGGAAGCCCUGGGGGCGCUGCUACGGCGGUGCACGGCACCUGGCCUGGCCCUCUCGCUGCUGGCGAUCGGAGGCCGGCUGGUGACGGCGGCCCAGGAGCGGACUGUGCUCGCCGAGUGCCGGCUGGACCCAGCCGACCUGCAGUUGCUGCUCGACUGGGUGGGGGCGCCGGCCUUCGCGGCGGGGGAGGCGUGGGCACCUGUGUGCCUGCCCCGCUUCAACCCCGACGGUUUCUUCUACGCGUACGUGGCGCGCCUGGACGCCAUGCCGGUCUGCCUGCUGCUGCUUGGCACCGACCCCGAGGCCUUCCAUGACAUGGCCACGUGCAGGCGCCUGCUGGAGGAGGGCAUGCACGGCCUUGGUGCCAUGCGGGCCCUGGGGGAGGCUGCCAGCUUCUCGAGCGCCCCAGCAACCAGUGCUCCCGCCUACAGCGUGCAGGCUGUGGGGGCGCCCGGCCUCCGACACUUCCUCUAUAAGCCGCUCGAUAUCCCCGACCAUCACCGCCAGCUGCCUCAGUUUACCAGCCCUGAGCUGGAGGCCCCGUACAGCAGAGAGCAGGAGCGGCAGCGCCUGUCCGACCUGUACCACCGUCUGCACGCGCGCCUCCACAGCCCCUCCAGGCCCCUGCGCCUCAUUUACCACGUGGCUGAGCGGGAGACGCUGCUGGCCUGGGUGACUUCCAAAUUUGAACUCUAUACCUGCUUGAGCCCCCUGGUGACAAAGGCAGGUGCCAUCUUGGUAGUGACUAAACUCCUGCGCUGGGUGAAGAAAGAGGAGGAUCGACUCUUCAUUCGUUACCCACCCAAGUACUCCACACCCCCAGCAGCCCCAGCUGCCUCUACAGACCAACCUUCCCAUAACGGCUUGUUCCCUGGACCUUGAGAGGUGGAGUUCUCAGAUUGGGCAGUGCUGAGAACCACCACCUUUGGUUUUUACCUUCUGUCUCCACCCUGGGAAAGGGGCAGGAGGGACAGAGGAAAGGCUGCUUCCCCAGCCCCGUCAUGCUCCUCCAUCUCUGGGAAAAUCCUUCGGCCCCUCUGCCUCACCUCUAUCACUUGGAUGAUAUUCCUCUGUCAGGGGCUGUCUCCUCCAGUCCUGGGCAGCACACCCUCUGUCCUGCAUCAGGAGUCUGCCUCCUUGAUGGGCUCUCAGCCCUAAGUGUCUAGGGUUGGCCAAGGUCCCUUUGGGUGGUCCACAGGGGCUCUGGAAUUGGGAAUGCAUGGCCAGCCUUCAUGAAAGGCUUAAAGAAAGAAACAGUACAUAAAAGACCUAAAACCAAUUCCCGCAAGGACAGUCCUUUGCCCUUCAUGUACUUCAUCUUUACCUGGUCAAAAGUGGCCCCCAUCAACGUUGGCUGCUGCUGAUAUCGGUGAGAAGGUGGCCUCCAGGGCAGAACACCUGACUUCACAGGUGGCUGAGAUCCAGACAUCCUGCAUGGGAGGUACACUCGGCUUCUAAGGCUCAUUGAACUCCUUCGUCAAGUGCAGAAAACCUCGCAUAGGCUAUUACGUGAGGAUUUGUGAACGAAGGGGGACUCGAACUCCUGGGUACCACCGCACAGCUCAUGUAUAUUUGUCUCGGACUUCCACAACCUGCACCACACGGCAACCCAGAGAGGGCAAGGCUUCCCUAGAGUCCGUACGUGUGUGCACAGCACUCCCUCCUCAACCGACCGAGACCCAGUUGUGCCCGUUCCCCUACACUGGAGCUGGUGGACGCGAGGUUACGCAUGCGCGCUAACUGUCGUUCAGGGGCCCGCGUCCGCGCUUGGCGGGAGCUGAACCCUCACUGCUCCUCCAGCCUGGUCGACUGACGAGCAGACGCGCAGUGCACGCAUGCGCGCUGCAGAGCCUGUGUCCCUCGUGUUGUUUUUUUGGUUUUUUUGACCAGUCGUCAUCCAAGGUGCACGCAAGCGCAAACCCCGCACUGGAAAACGGCGGGCAAGUUGGAGCCUUUGAAAAUGGAGGCCCCCGAAGUCGUAGAGAAGGCUGAGGAGGCUGAAGGUAGGGAGGGCGAGCCAGCCUCUCCCUGGCCAGGGCAGACGGGAGGGAGCCUUGUCGUGUUACAGUAAUGAAAUAUUAAUAGUGUACUAAAAAAAUUAAUUUAAGCUUUUUACGAAAACAAAAACUUCACCAAAGGGGAGAAAAAUAACGUGCAUAUUCCUAUCGUCUAGAUUAACCCAGCUUUAUCGGGUAUAUUGGUUUAAGUGUUUCGAAGAAACAAUAGACUAUUUCAAUAUGCAUCUCUUCAGACAAAAAAUGGGGAUGGAUGUCGUCACAAAAACCACUCUGCUCCUGCCACACCGAGGAAAAGCAACAGUAAUGCCCCGGUAUCAUUUCACACCCAGCCCAUAUCGCAUUUCACAUGGACUCUUAAGUCUGAAUGAGAGUGGCCUCUCCCAUGGAUGGCUCCUUUCCUUGGCACACUUUGUGGAUAAUGACACCCCCACCCUAGUGAGGGGAAGGGGAUUGCUCUAAGGAUAAUUAGAAAUUACCGCGAAGCCAGAAGAAGAAACCCUCCCAAUUCAGUGAUCCACUGCUAUGCCACUAACUUUUUUUUUUUUUUAAUUGUAGACAUUUUUGGAAAUGUCCCAAAGUACAGCAAAUAAUAUGGUGAAGGCCCAUGUACCCACCACUCUUGUUUCAACAGCUCUGGACUUUCUGCCCUCCUUUGAUCUAUCUUUGUCCCCCUUCCUGCACACUCUUUAAACCACUGUAUUAAUAAUAACAUUUGGACUGCAUCUUUCCAGAUCUAUCUAUGCAGACACCAACAAUAAUUAUGAUUGUUCACUGGUUUAUUGUUAUUUCUCCAGCACCUAAAACAAUGCUGCUUGGCAUAUAGUAGGUGUUCAGUAAUUUUUUUUUUUUUUUUUUAUUGUAUGAAUAGUAACUUUAACUGGAAGAGCUCUCUUAGGUUAGGGCUAUACAUCAAGGGCCUUCAACAAAGGACAUUCAGAAGGAAGACAGAUGCAAAUAGAUCUCAUUUAUUAAGCACUUACUAUAGCACUUAAAAUAGUAGCAGCUGUGCUAAAAACUAUUUUCGUAUCAAGCUUUCAAAUGAGUCAAAAUUGAAGUUCUGAUUAACUUCACCAGCAAAGGGGAAAAUUGAACAUGUUAAGUAUCAUUUCUAGCCCAUUGAAAAUGGCUUUAAAAAGAGAGGGAUAAAUCUAGUUCUGAUUACUCUGUAGGGAAACAGGCUCUCUUUUGCCUCACUCAGAACUGACCAGUAAAAGCUUUGCUAGAAGCAGUUUGGCAGAAUUUUUAGCAUCUAAAAUGCUAUUCCAUAUCUGUAGUCACCGUGCUUGAUAAUCAUAAAAUGUGCAGAUGUGUGGACCAUGAAGGAUCAUUGGAGUGUUGUUGAUGGAAGCAAAACGCAAGGAGCAAUCAGGGAAAUGUCUAGAUUUAGAUAUGUCCAUGCCUAUUGUGGAAUGCCUGUGUGGUGGACAUUUUUUUAAGCAGUAAGAAAACAAUAAGAUAAUUAAAAAUUAAUUUUUAAAAGAGUAAGAUCAUGGUUUAUUGACACAAUGAGCUUCAAAGGUGAUCAUACUUUUAUGAGAGAAAAGCAAGUUGGGAUUUAAAAAAAAAAUUAAAAAGACGGGUAAUGUCAACUAGAGCCCUAGGUAUAUUGCACAGUGUCUGAAGGCUAAAGGCCUAACUAAUGACUCUCAACAAGGGACUUAGGUUUUUAGGAGUGUGCAAAGGUGGAGGCAUUUUUGUGAUUUUUUUUGUUUUAUUUUUCUUUCAGGAAAAUGUAGUGCUGUAUGAUUUUAAAAUAGAGAAAGGAGGAAAUUUUGAAUGGCAUCCAAGGAUCAUAUAUUAAUACUGAUCAAUAUUACCAUCCCAGUUUUGAUGGUUAUACUGUGGUUACCUGGCAGAGUCCUCUUUUAUUUAAGAAAUAUACACUGGAAUAUUAAGGAAAAAUGGGCCAUGAUGCCUGCAGUAUAUGGUACAGAAAUGCUCACAAAUGAGAAAUCUAAUACAAAGGCAAAUAGGAGCACUGUGGCCUUUUUCUACCACUUUUAUGUACAUCUGAAAUUAUUUCAAAAUAAAAUGUUAAAAGGGACUCAUGCUGUACAGACUGUUUUGUAAUAUGGAUUUCUCAGGAAUUUUUAUCAAGAUGUUAGUCGGGUUAUUUAAGAGAUUUACUGAUCACUCAUGAUGAUUCAGACUAGAAAUGAAGUAGAGGGGGAAAAUACAGAUGGAGCUUUCGCAGAAAUGGUUACAAAAAUCAGCUGUAAAAGACAUGGGGACAAUCGAGAAAUCACAUUUGUCUGGGCACUGGAUGAUACUACAUGAUGAUUGUUAAUCUUAGUGUAAUGACAGGAUUGGAGUUAUCUAAGAAAAUGGCCUCAAGUAGUUGAGACUCUUAAUGAAAUACCUGGGGAUGAAAUAUCAUAAAAGCAUAGGGCUUGCUUGAAAAUACCUCAGCACAGGAAAAACAGCUGAAGCAAAUAUGGAUGAAUAUUAAUGGCUGUCAGAUCUUAACGAUAUGCAUAAUCAAGAGCUCAUCAGGUGUCCUCUCUAUUUUCAUGUGUGUUUGAAAAUUUUCAUAUGCAAUACUACAAAGAAAA